CCGGAGCCACGAGUAGAACGCUUUCCGUUACAGGGCUACUUUCAGGCGUCAUGCAAGACGCACCCGGGGACCUCAAGGGGCUUCUCUACGUCGACGUAGUAGCGAGUACAACGGCGAAUUCCGAAGAUGCCGCCCAAAGGAAAAAGUGGUUCUGGAAAAGGGGGGAAAGGUAGAGCUGUCGAAACAAUCCGGGGCAGCGGAGGGGGAGCAGCCUCAGGGAGUGAUAGUGCUGACAAGAAGGCUCAGGGCCCCAAAGGUGGUGGAAAUGCAGUAAAGGUCCGACAUAUUCUGUGUGAAAAACACAGCAAGAUUAUGGAAGCCAUGGAAAAGUUAAAGUCCGGGAUGAGAUUCAGUGAAGUGGCCGCACAAUAUAGUGAAGAUAAAGCCAGGCAAGGGGGUGACUUGGGUUGGAUGACCAGAGGCUCCAUGGUAGGACCAUUUCAAGAAGCAGCAUUUGCCUUGCCUGUGAGUGGAAUGGAUAAGCCUGUGUUUACAGACCCACCAAUUAAGACAAAGUUUGGAUAUCAUAUUAUUAUGGUUGAAGGGAGAAAAUAAAAUUAUGUGAAAGAUAAGAUUGUAUACAAUUUAUUUACCUUAAAGGUAUUUAAUAGUCCUUGUAUUUUGCGAACUGUCAGUGUGGAUUUGUAAGUGUAAAAUAGGGGUGGGUGAAGACA